AUGGCUAAUGCAUUGAAAGAGUUGGGUCUCAAAGAGGGCCAUAUAUUCGGGGUAUUGGGAGAGAACUCCUAUGAAUACCUAGUCCUCUAUAUGGCCGGCAUAAUAGUUGGGGCCGUAGUCUAUGGCAUAUCAUCGACCGAAUCAUUUCAAAGCGUAUCUAUUAAAGUAAUUCAGCAAAACAUUAAACUCAUAGCCAUAGCUAAUAGUGCCAAAAAUUAUGCCAUUAGGAUUAGCGACGGCAUUCCCAUCACACAAAAAAUAAUUGUAUUCAACGGCGGGAAGAAAACAAACGAAAAAUUCAUUUUAUAUUCAGAACUCAUUCAUUCUUACGAUCCGAUCAACGAUGAGAUGAUAGCCAUACCUAACGACCCGAAGCGUACGGAGUGUUUAAUCGUGAGCUCCAGUGGUUGUGUUAGUGGAUCCAAAGCGAUGGUGUUUUCGCACCACAGCGUAGUGUCGGCGCUGGAGAUGACAUCCUAUCCCCAGUACUUCGGUUACACUCAGACCGAAGUGGUCUCCUCUCACGCAGAGUUCGCGCAUCACAUCUCAAUCUUUCAAAUACUUACCGCUAUAUCGACCGGAAGUAAAAUCGCUUUAAUGCCUAAAUACGAUCACAAGUUGUUUGUGAAUUAUGUCAAUAAAUUCAAGAUCAGUGCCGCUAUACUUACCUCUUCAGCCAUCAUAUCGCUAGUGAAAGCGCCGGAAGGCAGCUGUGAAAUACCAUCUCUCACUAAAGUUAUUAGCUUUGGAUCUGUUUUACCGAAAACUAUAGCCAACCAAUUGAUGAGUCGUUAUAAACAUAUUAAAGAUCUGAGACAAGCAUUCUUUAACAGCAGAUGUAUGGCUCCAAUCACUCUAAUGUUCAAAACCUCUUCAGAGUAUGACUCCAUUGGCGUCGCCUUUCCCGACACUAAGAUCAUAGUCAAAGAGUUGGGAAAUGGGGACCAAUUGGGUGCUAAUAUGAUCGGAGAGAUUUGCGUUCAAAAGGCAUUGGGUUUAUGUGAGCGCUAUCUGAACGGUACGGAUGCCGCGGAAGGACUGUUAGAUUCUAAUGGAUGGCUGCAUACCAGAGAUUUAGGUUAUUAUGAUGAGGACAGGCUCUUGUAUAUCAUCGGCUCUAUGGAUGAUAUGAUUAAAUCCAACAACAUUUUGAUUGCACCGUCAGAAUUGGAGUCAAUUCUCUUAACACAUAGCGCUGUCUCAGAAGCGGCUGUAAUAGCCGUUCCCGACGACGAGUGCGGACAGACGGCCACCGCUUUUGUCGUAUUGAAGGACAGCCUAAAUGGACAGACGGUCUUACACACGGAAAUCAUGGAUUUCGCGAAUACUUUUGGAAACUAUUGUAACUCGAGCUCAAGCACACCCUUCCAGUCGGCAUACAAUGUGGGCCGAUAUGUCUAUUUGGGUCAGGGAUCCACAAAUUUCUGGGAGUUGGACUCCUAUUCCAAGAGUCUCAGUGACAUUAAAUACGAUCAAAAAGCAGUGUUUGGAAAGGAUUCAUUUAAUUGGGUCGACACUGCCAUCAGCUUUGACUUCGAGGAAUGCGAUCGAAGCAAACAAAGUGCCACUUAUUGUGAUGUGAUCGAGAAAGCCAAGAGUUUAGUGAUAGGAGUGGGCCGACGAUCGGUGACUGUCGGCGAUGAGAGAAAAUACGGUUACAUUACUUAUCGUCUGUCGGACGGCAAGAGUUUGACUCCGAUUACUGGCAGCAAUGAAGAGAUUUUGUGGGAUCUGAAGUCGAGUGGCUCCUUAUCCGAUGACUUCUGGCCACCUCUGAAGGAAGAGGAGCUAUACUACGAGUCCGGUGUUUUCGUGCGGUCCAGAAAUCAAUUGCUUUUAGCACUCUAUGAUGGUUUUUCCGGUCACCUCAUGUCUCGCAAGUUUGAGGCCAACGGUCAGUGGGCUGACGGCUGGACUGAAGUGGCAAAAGUCAACUUCAAAGGCAUGUUUGAGAUCGACGGACGAGUGUUUGGUUUUGAUAAGAGGAAUGACUCCAUCUUUGAGUUUAUUUGGAUUGACGACCAAAAAGUGGAAUUUCGACGAAUU